ACGCAGAUCUCCAUACUGGCUGCGAAUCCUAACCGCUCAAGAUCCCUGAUGGCAGUGACUAACAGUGUAGCAUUUCGUGAAUAUCUAGUGUAUAUAUGUCAUCAUAUUAAUGCAUGUGUCCCUCAAGUUAAUCUGCCAGUAAGAUCCACUGACAUUGCAUUUAUGUACGUCAAGAAUACGGUUACGCUCACUGACUAAGCCCUAUUGACUCGGCAGUAGGUGAAAGCAAGAAAAAUGCAUUGCGUUUACAAUUUUCUGCAAAGUACUCUAAUCUGUGUAUUGUACGAUAAUUCCACUCUCUUGAUGCGCUAUUCACCUAAAUUCUUAGUGAAUCCAUGGCAGUACUUGGGUAAGCUCGCUACAUAGAGAUUUCUAUUGACGAAGUUACAUGUCCUAAAUCAGAGUGUUUAUGACGCUUGACGACAAUAGGAUGCAUUUCCGGCUAUUGCAUAAGGCUUAUAUAGUCUUUCCUAUUCUGUACCAGGUUCCUUGGUUGAUGUGCAUAGCAGUCCUGGGCAGCCCCGCACUUGUGUCUGUAUCUAUGGCGAUCUAUCAUCCACUCGUCAAGUGACCGAUGUGAGGUCAGCAAACACAUGCAAUUGAGAAGUUGAUAAAGGGUAGGUCCCGGAGUCUUAAGUGGGAAUUCAUAAAUUGCUAGAUCGCAAUCCGUCAUGGCCACUAAAUCAGAAGCCGAAAUGAUCGAAAAAUCAAAUUCUGUGCCCCUUGCUUCAGAAGAGAAGGACGCCACGCAUCUGCGCGAGGAGCUACGAACUUCAAAACAAGGCGGUUACAUCCCUACUACAUCCGAAGAAAAGAAACGUUCCAGAGCUCUCAAUCGCAAAUUCGACUUGUACAUCCUGCCAUUCUGCAUCAUCAUCUACAUGUUCAAUGGGCUCGACCGGUCAAACUUGGGCAAUGCUCAAACAGAUAACUUCACAGCCGAUCUUGGUAUGCGGCCCGAAGCAAUCAAUACAGCGACGAGCCUGUUCUUCACGACUUUCGUGCCACUGCAGCCUGUCAGCACGAUAAUAGGAAAGAAGGUCGGCCAGAGUACCUACCUGGGCAUCAUUGCUUUGGGGUGGGGGGUCUUGACGUUAAGUCAUGCAUGGGUCAAGAAUGAAGCACAACUGAUAGCCAUACGACUUUUAAUUGGAGUCUUUGAAGCUGGUUUCUAUCCAACGACUGUUUCAUACUUGACAUUGUUCUACCCAAGAUUCGACCUCGCAUUUCGCAUUGCGCUAUUCUAUGGUAGCUAUGCUGUGGCGGGGGCGUUCGGUGGCUUGAUUGCAUAUGGAUGCUUCCAAAUCGAUGGAUCGAUGCACGGAUGGCAGUAUCUCUUCAUCAUUGAGGGUACUAUUACCAUCGCUAUCGCUCUUGCCACACCGUUCUGGCUUGCAAAAAGUCCCGGUCAAAGCUGGUUUCUAAGCCGCCAGGAGCAAGAAUUUGCGGAACAAAGGAUGGUGCUUGACUCUGCGGCGAAUGAGGACUCGAGGUUUAAGCUCAGCAAGAAAGAUGUUCUGGAGGGUAUUGCAGAUUGGAAACUUUGGGCCAUUUUGCCUUUCAAUGUCCUUGCAAGUAUCGCGCCGCAAGGCUUUACUAUCUUCAUGCCUAUAGUUAUUAAGGGCCUUGGAUAUUCUGGUCCCACCGCUAAUUUGAUGACAGUACCGCCAUACGUUGUAGGCGCUGGUCUCCUAUUACUGUUCGCCUACUCCUCAGAUCAUUUUCGCGAACGGACAGUACACAUACUCGUCGGUCUCCUGCUUGUCAUCAUCGGCCUUAUAAUGGCUUUUUCGAUCCCGAUAUCUUCUCCUGCAGCUCGAUAUGGAGGUAUUAUCAUUCUGCUGUCGGGAACUUUCAUCGCGGCCCCGAUCACUGUUGCGUGGCUCGCUGGCAACACCCCUGAACCAGGGAAGCGAGCCGUGGUCCUUGGAAUCAACGGCUUCGGAAAUCUAGGCGGUAUCAUUGGAAGUGAACUAUUUCUGUCAAGAUAUGGUCCAAGCUAUGUCUUCCCACUGAAGGUUACCACUGGGCUGAUUGCGGUAAGCUUCUUGGGGUAUCUGGCUUAUUACUUCGAAUUGAAAGGAUGGAAUAAGUACAAGGCCAAGAAGCUCGCUUCCAUGACGCCGACAGAUAUUGAGGAGGAGAGAACGAAUGAUAUCAGAUACGCGGACAAGAAAUGGACGUUUGUGUAUGGGGUAUGA